CUCAACCUCACCAUUCAAACAUACACAGCACCACUGCAGAAGUGUUUAAGUCAAUCUCCUUCUUUACAGAAAUCAGUAGAAUUUUUGAAGCUCUUACAGGAAUGGCAUCCGAGUCGUCGUCUUCCUCGUCAAAUGGUAACAAGAGGUCGAAGGUUUCAAGCAGAGGGCUGGGAGGAUAUCUCAGGCAACAGAAAGGGAGGCUCUACAUCAUCAGAAGAUGUGUGGUUAUGCUUCUCUGCUGGCAUGACUAGUUCAUGUACUGCAAUUCUAGUUCUUCUUGAGGAGUCCCUAGCUUGAAUCUCUCCUAGUGCCCAGUUGAAGGGUAUAGUUAGCAAGCUUAGGGUUUAGUGCUUCCACAGAAUCUCUUGUCUGUGCAGCAAUGCAGGGAUUCAUUAAUCGCCUAGCUAGAUCUCGAUCUUUAUCUUUCUAUCCAUUCCACAGUAUCCUAGUGUAAAUAUAAAUGAGAAAUUCUUAGUAGUGGUAGUCUUUCUUUGCAGAACCAUGAAUCAUGGUUAAGAUUUGUAGUUUUCUACAAUUUGUUUUUGGAUACAAAGUUUUCUACAAUUGAAAUUAAGUAUUUACCUCUC